AUGGCCAUAACUCGUCUUUUCAACUCCAAAGCCACUCUUUACUUAUUGUUCUUAGCCAUCGCCAUUGAAUGUGCCAUCUCAACUAGAUUAUUCGACGAAGCAGACCCACAACCACAGCCCCUGCCUGCAACCAAUGUUCUACCACAGCCCAAUCCCAUAACCCCAACGAUUUUGCCAGGUGGCGAAAUCCCAGCCGUAGCCCCAGCAGUCACCGCCCCGGUAGAAGAAAGUGCUGACUCACCAAUUCCAGAUGUUGCCCCACCUGUUGACGUCCCUGCUGACUCAGCACAGCCAACUCAGCCCGCUGUUCCAUCCCCGGCUAUCGACGUGGCACCCAUAGCUGGUCCCACAACCACUGGCCCAGUGGGAGCAGGCCCAACAACAGCUGGGCCGAAUGACCACCCAACACUAUCCUUAUUCAUGCACGACAUAGUUGGUGGAUCACAACCAACAGCCCGAGUGGUGACGGGUCUCGUAGCCAACACCAUACAAAACGUCCCAUUCACCAAACCCAAUAACAAUAUCUUCCCGGUCAGCGGUGGCACUCCGUUGACCACAUCCAACAUUAACGGCUUCAUCAACAGUAACCGUAACAACCUUCCGUUUCUAACGGGACUUAACGGUAACAGCCAAAGCAGCACCGUUAUUCAAAACAGCGGCAACAACAACAUCGUCGACGGCGGCAGUGACCAGCCGUUCGUCACCGCCGGUCAGCUCCCUGCCGGUGCGUCCCUCCAGAAACUGAUGUUUGGGUCGGUGACGGUGAUCGACGAUGUGUUGACGGAGGGACACGAGCUGGGGUCCGCCGACGUCUUGGGUAGGGCCCAGGGGUUCUACUUGGCUAGCUCUUUGGACGGAAACAGCCACACCAUGGUGCUUACGGCGGUGAUUCACGGCGGAGAACACAGCGGUCAUGGUCAUGUGACGGAAGACACGAUCAGCUUCUUUGGGGUUCAUCGGACGGCGACGCCGAUUUCGCAUAUCGCGGUGAUUGGUGGAACCGGGAAGUUUGAGAACGCGCAAGGGUAUGCUACGGUGGAGUCACUUCCACAGGUGGACCAGCACACCACUGACGGUGUAGAUACCAUCAUGCACGUUAACGUUUACCUCUCUGAAUAGAGUAAAU